GUAGAGUAGAUUAGGGGACCACCUCUAAAAAGUGUCCUAUGGGUGUGUACUACAUACCCUUCAAACCGCCUUUCUCUACAGUAAAAUUCAGGGUUGGGCGGGCCCUUUUUCGAGGCUUAACGAGCGUCGUACUAAGCGGGCAGCGGUCGAGCGGGCAGCAGCGCCGAGUGAGCAGCAACGAUCAGCAUUUGGGCACGGAUGCCGGCCUUUGAUCGGAGCGGACGCCGCAGUGUUGUGGGAUGGCCUACUCUCUCCGCCCGUAAGGCGGAAAUGGCCAUUCCUAUUGGAGAAAGGGCCACCAUGCAUUUCAUGUGUACGGAUGAUGCGGUUCAAACUUUAUAAUUUAUAGGGUCUGCGCUUCAUUUGGUGGGCGAUUGCGUGGAGGGCGGCUGGCCAAGGCGCUCGCUCAAGUAGUACUUGUUACAUCACACGCUUCCACCCAUGAUAAUAAAGUGUUCGUUGUGUCCCCCUCUACUCCAGGGCUCCACCAGCACUUCGCGUGCACCUGGAUGAACGCGUUAUUCGGCGCGCAGUCUAUGAUGCGCGAAGAGGCGAGCGCCCUCCGCUCCCAGGCAACAUGCUUCAAAUUCACCAGCAGCUGACAAAUGACUUCAGCCAUCUCGGGCAGUCGCUGGUGGGGAAUGUCCAGGUGUACAACGGCUGUGUUGGACCCGCCCACCUUCGUAGCCUGGUGUUCGUCUUCUCAGAUGUGCUCGAGUGGAUGAGCGCCACGGCCGAAGUUUUCAUUGACGGCACAAUCAAAGUCGCGAAGCAUUUGCCCGCUGACUGCCAGCAAGUACUAUCUGUGGUAACGAGCUGGAAUGACCAUGUGGUGCCCGUAGCAUAUGUUCUUAUGUCGUCGAAGUCUGAGGAGAGCUACCUACACGCCCUUCAACGGCUGCGGGACCUCGGUUUGGUGGGGCGUCUUUUUAAGACGGAUUUUGAACUGGGCCUCAUGAAUGCCACCCGGCGUGUGUUUGGCACACUGCCCACUUUCCGGCUCUCCGGGUGCCUUAUUCAUCACGUCUUCAGGGUGCAUGAGUCCGUCGGCAGGAUGCACCUGACGGACUUAUUUAGGGACACUGAAAAUGCCCUGACAAUGCUUCGGCGAUUGUGUGCCAGGGGCCUCCACCGGGGGACCCGUACCAGAUGUUCCGUUUGA